AUGGUGGUAAAGGAUAACAUCAAAGAUUGGCAGAUUGAAUUGAAUGGCUUAGAACAGACUGAAUUGUUCUCAUUGAUUAAGCUACACGAUAAUGUUCAAGAGAGCCUUUCUAUGAAUACUGGUCCAAUCACUGAGAAAGAGUCAGCUGUUCUUGAGAAUUUAUUAAGAAAUGUUGCGAAUAAAAUUAGUGAUCUAAAGAAACAGAUGAACAAAAAGAUUGAUGAAGUUGAAUCACGCAAUUCAGCACAAAUCACUGCAUAUUUGACUAAGGUUAAUGACUUGCAAAGCUGGAUUGAACAACAAUUUGAAAUUUUUGUCAAUGGUAAAUCACAACAUGGUGUAAUGGUAGAAACAUCAGAGCAAACAAAUAAAGAAAAUCUUGAAAAUUUGUCUAUAAUAUUUAGUAAUUUCCAAAAGCAAUUGUCUGAGAAAUUUGAACAAUUUAAUAGUAUAAUAGAGGAAUUUAAUAAUAUAACAUCACAAGAAGGUAUACAUGAGUUGCAAGAUGUAAUUAAGUCACAAACUGAGUUGAGUAAAUUGUGGGAGGAUUUGGAUCUAGGAUCUAAUGAAUUCAAAGAUUUCAUCAAUAAAGUUGGUAAAUGGUAUGAUCAACAUGAUAUGAUAUAUCGUGUAGAAAACGAUAUUUUUGUUGGACUUGGAGACCGUAUCAAUAAAUUAGUUAGUAUGAAUUAUGACAAUUUAGAAUUUGAAGUUAAAGAAUUAGAUGAUAAAUUACAAAAUGCCAAAAAAAUGCUUGAGGAAGCUAAAAUUGGUGCUAAUCACGUAUUUGAUGUUGAAAAUGAUAUUUUAGAUAAUACAAAUCGUCAAAACUUUAAUAAACAUCAUUUUGGUGCUGCUGCCCAGCUUACUGAAUUAUCAAAUCGAUUUCAAAAGGCAUUGACGGAAGCUCAUAAUGCUUCAUUAUUGGCAGCAUUCCGUGCUGAUGCUGAUAGAGUCAUUGGCUCAUGUUUGGAGGGUACCUCAAUAGUUAAAUCAAGACAUGAGGAGUUUAACAGCAGUGAAUACUAUUCAUUAGAAGCUGAUGCAUUAAAAAGUUUGAUUAAUGAUUCUGUGAUUGGAUUUUCAAAUAGUGAAGAAACACUGGAGAAAUUUGAAGCACAAAUUAAUGUUAAUUUGAAAGCUGAGGCUGAUAGAUUGAUUGGAAUGAAUCCCGAAGCAAAUAAAGAUCGUGUAUUGAAUAUAUUCAAUAAAGUUACACAAGCAUUGGGAAACUAUACAAAUAGUAUUUCAGCUGAAAAAAAUGAAAUUGAGACGGCCAGAAAAAUUUAUCCGCAUGCCAAGGCAUCAGAAGAUGUCAAGAAAUGGAUUUCAUCUUGUAAAAUGGCUGUAUUAAAUAGCCAAGCUGGUGCUUUAGAUCAAGAAAGAGAAAUUAAUGAGCUUGAAGAAAAAGCAAUGAAGUUUCAAUCUACUGUUGAAGCUUAUAGAGACAUGAAAGUUGAACCUAAAAUUAAAGAUGCAGUAGAAGCUAGAACAAAUAAAGUAUUAGAUGAUUGGUGUAUGUUAACAGAUUUAUUGGGUAAUUUAAGAUCAAGUUUGAAUGCAUCCAAAGAGGCACAAGAAGUCUCAAGAGCCAUCAAAGACAUCUUGGUAUCAAUCGGCCAAGUGAAAGAACGAGUUUUGAACGUAGAGUCAUUUUUUAUUGGUGAGGGAGUACCAAGAUUGCCAACUAAAGAUGAUGUUGAAAAUAAUCUAAAGGAACUUGAUGAAAUACAAGUUGAAGUUGAUCAUAUACUCGGACUAAGAAUUGAAUCAUUAGAUGAAAUGAUUGGUAAUUUAUUAGAGAAUGAGACCAGCUUUGUUCAACAACGUUCAGGUAUAGCAGAAGCAUUAACAAAUUUAGCAGGGAUAGUGUAUAACAAACGAUCACAGUUACAUGAAGCAGAGAAAUUGGCAAUAUUUGGUUCUAAGGCAGAUGAAAUGAAUGCAUUGAUGAGCUCACUGCUUGAACUUAAUACAAGAUUGACCGAAUUGGAAACAAAAUAUGCUUACUAUCAACCUAAAACAGAUCAGAAAUUAGAAGAUGCAAUACGAGCAUCAGAACCUGUUAAAGAUGAUUGGCGAGUCUUGGAUCGUUUGGGAAUUUUGAAAGAACAAUGGCUAGAGUUGAUUGAAAUGGCAAAUGUUAAACAAGAUGAAUUAAGACGAUUAUUGUCUGGACAAAAGGCUAGGACUACAAGACAUGAGAGAUCCAAUUCUCAAACACUAUCAACAGGUAGAGCAUUUUCACCAAACAGAAACACCAGAUCAUCAUCAGCAAGACCUCCAUCACGUAAAAUAAAAUUAAUAUUAAUUUUUUUUUUGUCAAUUUAA